AAGGCCGAAGCCGAACUCCGUCCCGUACGGCCAGCCGACUGUUCGUGUUCGUACUUCGCACUCGGCAGAAACCUCUUGCUCUUGGGGGCGAACGCGCCUACCGCCUCCGGCCGCCCCCUCCAGCCGCGUCAAAUCCGCACCCUCCUCGGCUGCGCCGGCGAUCUCCCGCCGCAAGGGCGAAGCCCCGUGUCCCCUUCUAGCGGAUCCCCUGCCCGCCGCCAUGACGGAGUAUUGGGUGAGCCAAGGAAACAAAUGGUGCGACUUCUGUAAGAUUUAUAUAGCGAACAAUUCCUUCAGCAUCAGGACACAUGAACUUGGUAAGCGUCACAAGGACAAUGUCACCAAAAGACUGUCGACAAUGCAAAAGGAGAGUGAGGCAAAGGAAAAGGAACAGCAGCAAGCUGCCCGAGCCCUACAGCAGAUAGAGGCAAAAGCUAAAAAGAGCUAUCAAAAAGAUUUAGAGAAUAACCAGAGGAAUGUUGAUGGAGACACUUCAGCACCUGGAGAUGGAUGGGUAUUUGACUCGGCAUCAGGAUAUUAUCAUGACAAAUCUACUGGGCUUUACUACGAUUCAAAUUCUGGCUUCUAUUAUUCUGAUAGUUUAGGCAAGUGGGUUACUCAAGAAGAGGCGUACAAGUCUGUGCAAAUUUCCAAAACAGACAUUGGUCAAUCCUCAACUUCACAAACAAAAGCUCCUGCUGCAGAAACAGCUGUUCCUGCUAUUAAAGGAGGUCCAGCUCCAGGUCGGGUAGUCACAAAACCAUUGAACCCAAUGAGACCUAUUAAGGGCACUCCAGCUCCAUCUGCUGUUGCUGUUAACAAGAGGAAGAGGGAGGACGGCAAACCCAAGGUGAUCUCCAAGGAGGAGGAAGCGGCCCUCAAAGCGCGGGAAGCAGCAAGGAAGAGAGUGGAGGAUAGAGAGAAGCCUCUGAUGGGAUUAUACAAAACCUACUGACAUCUUGUCCUUGCCAAACUACUCUUCCUCCAUAUGGGCUUGCCAUUUACAGUCUGAUGUUGUAAAAGAAACAAAAACUAACACAAUGCAUCUUUCUCAGAAAGAAUGCCGAUAAUGGUGUUGCACUGGAUUCCAGAGCUCUUUUUGCAUCAGCAAUGUGUGUCUACACCGUAUAAUACCUCAUCAGUGGUUCUUGAGUGGACCAAGUUCCUUUUGAAUCAUGUAAAAGGAUCUGUUCAUUGUUUUUUUUACGCGGAUAGUGUCAUAUACUGUGAAAUGAGGACAUGGUGACCGUUCUCAAGAUGUUCAA